AUGCAGCAGCAAUUGGCUUCGAUCAUGCGAGAAAUUCAACAGCUCAAGAUGGAAAAGAUGGAAAAUUCUCCAAGUUCAGAGCUCAGCGCCGCCGAUGACAACCCAGCCGAAUCCAGCUCUGCCAAUGUCAACUCCGCAGAACCCAGCCAUGCAGUAUUUUUACAGGAGCAGGAAUGCAUGGAAGUGUACGCUGGAUCAGCCGACAUGGAGGAAUUGGCUAGGGAAGUUGAAGAGUUCAGCGCUGCCCAGCCAGCUCUGCCCUUCAGCAAUGCCCAGCUAGCUCUGCCCUUCAGCAAUGCCCAGCCAGCUCUGCCCUUCAGUGAUGCCCAACCAGCUCUGCCGAGCUCAGCGCUGGAACUGAAGGAACUUCCCGCCAAUCUCAAUGCAGCUCUGCCGUGCUCUGCUCUGCCGACUCCAGAGCAGCCAGCUUCCCUCUGGCCAGCUCUGUCGAGCUCUGCUCUGCCGACUCCAGAGCAGCCAGCUUCCCUCUGGCCAGCUCUGCCGAGCUCUGCUUUGCCGACUCCAGAGCAGCCAGCUUCCCUCUGA